AUGGAGUGCUUUCGCCUCGUGACUGACAUCUCGUGGACGGGCUUGUUGUGGCCCCAGCUCCUCGGCGCCGGCCUUGCGUUGUGGCUGCUCUACGGAACCUUCCUUGCCAUCUACCGCGUUACGCUCCACCCGCUCGCGAAGUUUCCCGGACCGAGGCUUGCCGGGGCGACGUUUUGGUACGAGGUCUGGUACGAUGUGGUUCUCUGGGGCCGCUUUACCCACGAGAUCAAGCGGAUGCAUGAGAUAUACGGUCCCAUCGUCCGGAUCAACCCGGACGAGGUGCAUUGCAACGACCCCGAGUUCGUGGAUGUCAUCUACGCAAGUGGUGGAAAGAAGCGCGACAAGUCGGAGAUGUUCGUUGCUGGCUUCGCCAACGACUUGAGAAAUGGAGGCUUUGGAACCGUAGACCACGCGCACCACAAACUCCGCCGAUCAGCAGCAAGCAAGUACUUCUCCCGAGCCCAGAUCGCCAAGCUCGAAUGGGUGGUGCAUCAAGAUGCCCAAAGGCUCUGCGACAAGUUCCUCGCGUACCGCGGCCGGGGCCCAUUCGACGCCGCCUCGGCCUUCAGCUGCUACACGGCCGAUAUCGUCAGCGACUACUGCUUCGGCCAGGGGUUCGGGUUUCUGCAGCAGCCGACCUGGGAGCCGAACUUCAAGGAGGCGGUGUACGUCAUGUUCCAUCUCAUUCAUAUUAUGAGACACUUCCCCUGGACGACGAAGCUGAUGGAGGCUGUCCCUGUCUGGGUUGUCAAGCCCCUCUCGGCGAAGAUUGGGCUCCUCAUGGAGCACUCUAAGAUCAAACUUCCCGAGAUGGUGAGACAGACCAAGUCCGCCUAUGAAGCGGGGAUCAAGAGGGACCGCACGACGGUGCUUCACGCCCUCUUGGAAUCCGAUCUCCCUCCCCAGGAAAAGUCCAUCAAACGCCUCGCCGGCGAAGCCAACGUCUUCCUGGCAGCAGGAACCGAGACGUCAGCAGCGGCCCUCAGCAUAUGCACCUACCAUCUCCUCCGCAACCCGGACGUCGUCGAGAAGAUGCGAGCCGAGCUCUCGACCGUCGCCCCCAACCCGAAAGAGCUCCCGAACUGGGCGACGCUGGAAGGCCUCCCGUAUUUCAGCGCCGUGGUCACGGAGGCGCUCCGGCUCAUGUACGGAUCGCCGUCACGGCUACCCCGGGUCGCGCCCGACGAGGACGUGGUGUACCAGGGGACGUGGACGCCGCCGGGGGCCUCGGCGCCGGUCGAGGUCUCCCACGUCAUCCCGCGGGGCUACGCGUUCGGCAUGUCGGCGUACAUCAUGCACACAGAUGAGCGGCUCUUCCCGGAGCCCUCCAAGUUCCGGCCGGAGAGGUGGCUUGACGAGGACGGGCAGAGGAAGAGGGGGCUGGAGCGGUAUCUGCUCACGUUCUCGAAGGGGAGCCGGCAGUGCUUGGGCAUGCAGCUGGCGUACUGCGAGCUUCACGUCGCCAUUGCGGCGGUGACGCUACGCGCGUUGCCGUACAUGAGACUUUACGAGACGACGGACGUCGAUGUAGAGUACGACUUCGACCUUGCCGUUUCAAUGCCGAAGAAAGGGAGCAAGGGUAUCAGGAUCGAAAUGGUGUGA